UCAACAGAAAAUACACAAACGUUUCGCGAAGUAGUCGCAUCAGCGCUCCCGCAAAAAUAUUUCUUACCGAAUAAAUAGAAUUUGUAAUUAAUCAAUCCUUGCUAGACUAAUAUAAUCGAUGUUUUACUAGACCUUGUAGUUCCAUUAGUGAUGUAGUGAAUUAGAAUACAAAUUGUUAUAAAAAAUUAAUUAAUCGCCCGCGUAGUGUGAAAAGAUUACGGAAAACUGAUCUAACCUAAAAAAAAAGAAUACCGGAGCAAUGUCCUACCUUUCCCGGCGCGAGCUGGACGAGCUCCGUCCCAGCUUGAACAAGAUUGUGUACAAGGUGCUGGGCGAGACGGACUCUUCGGUGCUGUCCACGCUGGAGAGCAAUCUGCACAAUGGAUUCGACCGGCGGAAGUUGAUCGAUAAGCUGUCGUCGUUUGUGGACGGGAAGAAAGCUUCGCGGUUGUCGGACAAGGUUGAGGACUUUCUGGACGGAAUGAAGACGUCCUCGCACCGGUCCAAAAAGCGAAGUCAUGAUGAAGAUCCGCGAGAGAGGGACACCAAAAAGGUGAAGACAAAGUAUGAGGACGACGGGAGAAAGGGAUCCGGUGAAGAGAGGGCGAGCAGGAAGGAAGGGAACGGGUCAAAGGAGGUCGUCCGGGAACCCCCAAAGGAGGAACGGGUGCCGGCGUUGAAUGCUUCCUCGAACCAGAUCAAAAUGAUGAUGGAAAAUGCUCAGAAGGAAAUUGAGGAGAGGAAAAAGAAGCUGGAAUCGAUAAAGGCGGCGAAAGCUCCUCCGGCGUCCGCAGUGGCCGCAGCAGCUGCCGUUUCGGCGAAGAUUUCUGCAGCAGCGGUCAGUGCGGCGGCUGUUCCGGCGGCGCCUGCCGUUCCGAUUGAUUCGGACCGAUCACGCAAGAUAGCUCAACUGCAGGAACAGAUUCGUGCCAAACUGUCCGGGACGUUGGCAGCGGUUCUCCCGCCAAUCAUCCAAGACAAACCGAAACCGCUGAUUUUGGACGCCGAAGGUCGCACCGUUGACGGUAGCGGUCAAGCGGUUGAAGUCCCAAAAUUGACACCCACGCUGAAGGCGAACAUCCGCGCGAAAAAGCGAGAAACGACCAAAAGUCAUCAGGCGGAAAAGCACCACCAGGAAGAAUCCGCCGAGGCGCACUUUUUCGACGACCGGAUCACCGUCAAACCGGCCGUGCGGAACAAGCGAGCGUUGCGCUUCCACGAACCGGGCAAGUUCCAGCAACUCGCCGAACGACUCCGCAUGAAGUCUCAGCUGGAGAAGCUGCAGAAUGAAAUUUCACAAAUUGCGCGUAAAACCGGCAUUAGCUCGGCCACGAAGCUGGCUCUGAUUGCGCCCAAGGCGGACACCCACUCGAACGAAGUGCCCCAGAUGGAGUGGUGGGAUUCGGUUAUUCUGACCGACGAUUUGAACACUCUGAACAAGGAGGGCAAAAUCUCGAUCCGCGAGUCAGCAAUUACCAACCUGAUCGAGCAUCCGACGCAGAUGAGACCACCGAACGAAUCGUCCCGGCCCGUGUACCUCCCGGUGUUCCUCACCAAAAGGAGGCAAAAGCUCCGCCGCCAGAACCGGCGCGAGGCCUGGAAGGAGGAACAGGAAAAGAUUCGCCUCGGGUUGGAACCGCCGCCGGAGCCCAAGCUGCGCAUCUCCAACCUGAUGCGCGUCCUCGGUACCGAGGCCGUCCAGGAUCCGACCAAGAUUGAAGCCCACGUCCGCGAGCAGAUGGCCAAACGGCAAAAGGCCCACGAAGAGGCGAACGCGGCCCGCAAACUGACCGACGACCAGCGGCGGGACAAAAAGGUCCGCAAGAUGAAGGAGGACACCUCGCUGGGAGUGCACGUGACCGUGUACCGAAUCCGUGACCUGCACGACCAGCGCGAAAAGUUCAAGGUGGAAACCAACGCCAAGCAACUGUUCAUGACCGGCGUGUGCAUCCUCUUCCGGGACUGCUGCGUGGUCGUCGUCGAGGGUGGCCCCAAGCAGCAGAAAAGGUACAGACGCCUGCUGCUGCACCGCAUCAAGUGGGAGGAAGACCUGGUGAAGAACGCCGACGGCAACGAGGUGCCCAACUCGUGCGUCAUGGUCUGGGAAGGAACCGCCCAGCGGCGCCACUUUGGCGAGUUCAAGUACAAGUCGUUUCCGAUGGAAAAGAGCGCGCGGGAAUUCUUCCAAAAGCACCACGUGGAGCACUACUGGGAUCUGGCGUACUCGGGGGCGGUGCUCGAGGCGUCCGAGGACACCUGAAUGCUGCGCCGACAAGUGUGGAUGUAAGUGUAAGUUUUUGUUUUCUUUUUUGAGCUCGUUUUCCACAAAAUUCGAAAAGAAAAAAAAGAUUUACUUUUUGGUUCGUAUAGCGGAAAAUGAAGAUACCGAUUGUGUUUUGCUUUUCGAGGACACAUGAUAACAGUGCGCGAGAUAGGUUUAUUACUAAAUAAAGUUUUGGAUGCCACUUUGGUCACUUCAAA